AUGAAGCAGCAUCAAGUUCAAGAAUCGGCCACCACAACCGCCAAUAGUACACUGAGUUUCAAGUUUCCGACUACCUCUAAUGGCUACAAAAUCAUCACUCAGAUCGGUGUCAGCCCCCACAGCAUUGUAUACAUGGCCAAUUGCAACUCUGAAACCGUCGCCGUGAAAAUCAUCGAUAUCAAUAUCAACCUCAACCUUGAUUCCCUAAAUACUUCACUAUCACUGAUCGACCACCCCAAUAUUCUCCGCCCACAUUGUUGUUUCAUCGGCGAAGACGGCCGAAUUUGGAUCGUAAUGCCGUUUAUUCCAACCGGGCCUUUACAAUCCAUUCUGUCCCAAAUUUUCCCAAGAGGUAUGCCAGAUCAUUUCAUCUCCAUUCUUUUAAAUCAACUCCUUCGUGCUCUGGUUUAUCUUCACGAAUUGGGUUUUGUUCAUAAAGCCAUUAAACCAAGUAAUAUCUUCUUUGAUUCACAAGGCUCUGUUAAGCUCUCUGUUUUUGACAUUAUGAUAUCCAAGAACAGUACUAAUGAAAUUGAUCAUGAUUCUUCAAUUCCUUAUUGGGUUCCACCGGAUGAAGAAUAUAGUUUCAAAUCAGACGCUUGGGCAGUUGGGGUUUUAGCUAUGGAAAUUACUUGGGGGGGUCCUCCAAUUAUAGACCCAAGAAUUCUUGAAUCACAAUUCUUCAAUAUCUCAAGAAGGUUUCCUUAUGAACCGAAAGCAGAGAGGAGUCGUGACAGAAGAUUAUUUGGAGACUCUGUUAAAGAAUUUGUGAAAUUUUGCCUCGUGAAAGAUCAGUUUGGAAGGCCUACGGCUUUGAGUUUGUUGGAACAUCCAUUUGUGAAGAAAGGGGAAAACUCGAAUUUUUUGUUCAAGUGUAUUCCAAAAGGAGUGAUUGAAAUUGAUAAAAUAUUUGAACAAGAAAAGGAAAGAAUCAUUGGGUUGAUGAAAAAUGAUGAGAAAUUGAAGAACAAGAGUGAAGGGGACAAGAUUAUGAAGAUUAGUGGAUGGGAUUAUAAUAAUUUUUUGUUUGAACUGGAACCUGAUGAGGAAUCAGUAGGGAAAAGAGUUCGAUUUGGUGGGGAAGUCAGUAAUUUGAGUGGUGUUGGUGAAUCAAGCAAGAAGGCUGGUGAGAAGAAGAAGAAGAAGAAGAAGAAGAAGAAAAAUGUUGAUGAAGGAAGUUUAGUGAAAAAGCUGUGUUCAUUGUUAGAUAAUAUUGAUGAACAAAGAGAGAUGGUUUUGGUGUUGAUAAAUCAUAUUGGUUAUUUGACUGAAAAACAGUUGGAAAUGAGUAAUGAAAUCAAAAAGUUGGAGGCAGAUUUGGCUUCUGAGAAAGAAAGAUACUUUCAAUUAGAGUUAGAAUGUGAAUUUCUAAAGCUCAAAGUUCCUGAUUCUGAGGAUGAAAAUGAAUAUUCAGAUGAGGAACAACAAUAUUAUGGGGAUGAGGAUGAACAACCAGAUUCUCAAGAGUGA